GCGGGCGGUGAGGGGAUGGGGGAGGGAGUUGGACGAGUGACAAAGUGAAAAAAGUUUAUCACUUUCUUAUACAGUGGUUGCCUUGCUGAGCUGCUGGCUGUCAGAAAGAAAACACUCGAAGAUGGCGCGGCGCUGCUGCCGUGCCACGUCUCGGUUUACAGGGAAAAUACAAGCAAAUUUGACAGCGUCAUUCAUAUCUACGAUCUUCAUAUUUGUGUGUUUACUUUUUCCUUUUACCACCGAAGCUGGCUUGUACACUGCUUCUGAUCAGAUAGUCAUCUUAACCCCGGAUAAUGUGGACAGCGUUUUGGUCAAUUGUACGGCGGCACUGGUGGUUGAGUUUUACGCCUCUUGGUGCGGGCAUUGUAUUGCAUUUUCUCCCGAAUGGAAACGUCUCGCAAGAGAUAUUAAAGGUUGGUGUGCAUUUUCACGUAAUAAAAAUGUUCAAUGUAAAUUCAACGGGUUGUUAGUAAACCAGUCAUAAUUGACUGGUCGUGGUGUGCAUAAGUGCAUGGGUAAUUGUUUUUUAUAUGUUGCAAUGUGGAUCCAUAAAUGUGUCUUCAUUUUGCAGAGAAGGCCUAUACAUGUGUUUUUGUUGUAUGCCCAUCAUCAAACUUCAGUGCACAUUGAGGCAGUGUGUAGUAACCAGUUAAAAAUGGUUAUGUAGACUUUUUUAAAUGAAUUAUAAACUUUUUAAAUAAAAUAAUUAUUAAUAAUUGUUUACAUUUAUAUUCCUGUAUUCCACUUUAACAUGUAAAAAAGCUGUGUGAUUCUGACUGGUGAUAUGAGAACACACCUUGUUGUUUCCCACAGGACAGACAGUUUCUCAGCCCCCCUUCCAGAAAGCAGCCUCUACAUUUGAUUAUUGGAGCAUAUGAUGUGAUUUAGGAGUUCAUAUUCUGUCCAUGUCUGAUCGCUACUCUUGUUCAAACACCAUCCUUUGGAAUCUCAAAUGAGAAUACUAUUUGGCAUUUCAGACCUCAGUCUAUAAGCAGGAUCCAGUUAACUAUAACAGGAAAAUAAUUCCACACAAUUAGUUUGAAAUUGACAUAGUUUCCUAUUGGCAGCAGGCCCAAACACAGAAAGGUUUUAAGGCCUCAGAUCUCGAGAGCGCAUGGCCCACCAGCCUCUGGCCUGCUUUCAAGCUGAUCAUACAGAAUCAUUUUAUAUGCUUGGGAGCAGUAAUAAUAAGAGGAAUAUUUGGUACAAUGGUCAAAAGCUGUUUUGACUUUUGAAUUCCUGCAUAUAACCCUUAUUUGGUGCAUUGACUUUGACACUAAUUAUCUGUCUCCCCAGAGUGGAAACCUGCUGUGGAUGUAGCAGCCAUAGACUGUGCUAAUGAAGAGAAUGGGCCGAUUUGUUCCCGUUUUGGCGUCAAGGCGUACCCAACGCUGAAGGUACUUCAACUGUAAUAUUCCACAAGCCUUGUGGAUUUUCAGUGUCUUACAUCACCGGAACAUGUAUCCAAUGUUUAAAAAUGUACCGUAUCUCACUGUGAUCGUGAGUCAUUAUCAGCUUUUUUGACUCUGAAACGUUGCUAUAUAUAAACUCAUAACCCCUAAGUGUUACAUUUCAGUCGUUACAUUUCAGUCAGCAAUGCACUCACUUUAGAUUAGUCAGCAAUAAAUCUGUUAUUUUUCUCCCUUUCUGUCAUCCGGUGAAAGUCAAAUGAAAGGGAUCAUUUGUCUGAAUGAAUGAGGGAACUGAAACAUCUGCAGUUGAUUUAAAGCAUGAAGGGGUUGUGGGGGGAGGGGUGUCCCCAGUUCCUCCCAGUGGUCAACAUGUGGCCACCUGCCAUCUGAUCCUCUCUCUCUCUCUCCCUCUGACAGUUCUUCCACGCUUACUCCAAACCUGACUCCAAGGGACAAGGUUUCAGAGGUAAUGCAAAUGUUCUGAUAAUUCCUGGGGCAGAUGGUGAUCAUAUGAAUGGUUAGUAUGAGAAGUUUUGAAGAAAAAAAAAAGUAUACAUGUCCUCUUAUUAAUCCUGUGUGCCUGAAUCCUCCCAGAAGUUCCUCGUGAUGUGAGGGGUUUACGCCAUAAGAUCAUUGAGAAGAUGGAGACCCAUGAGGAGCCCUGGCCACCUGCCUGCCCCCCUCUGGAGACAGCUAGGUGAGGCAGCCUCUUCUGAACACCCUGGAGCUCACACAACAGACAGUACCUCUAGGGCAGGGGUCUCCAACAGCUCGAUGGCGAGAUCCAAGUAGCUAGCAGACAACCUAUGAGUAGCGCGCCAAACAAUUCUGAAAGUACAUGCAAUUUUCACGUGUUCCAUUGCAAACUUUCAUAAACAAAUCUCACAAGUAUCAGACACCAUAACCUCCCAGCUACUACCUAACCAAUGCAAAAUUAAUAUUUUCCCACCCCUGUUUAGACACUACUGGCUUAAAAAGCCAAACCUAACACAAUAUCUGCCAAUACGUUUCCAGCAAUAUUGCCCCUUUCGGUCUGUGUGGUGUGGGCGUUUGUCUAUCACUUCAUGUGUAGUCAGUGCUUGACUUGGAUUGAAAUUGUUGCCGGUACUCAUUUUGGGUGCCGGUACUGUUUAUAUUCAGGUGCAGGAGCUCCACAGUACUUUUUAGCUAAUAUUCUAUAAGAGGAACAGGAGCUCAAGCAGUAGAACAUUUGAGGUGCUGGUACUCUGCUCCGGUGAGCUCCUGCCCAAGUCAAGCACCGGUACCUAUUGUGAAAUGUGAGUUCAAAUAAAUGUUUACCUGAACAAAUGAUUAGAUGGCCUGCAAAACAACUGCCAGUAGUGAUGGAACGUUAACGAACGAACGGCUCUUUUUGAACUGCUCUUUUUGGUGAAUGUCUGGAACCAAAUUGCAUCUGUGAAAGAGCUGAUCAUUUUGCUUCCUGAUUUGCAUACUUUUGCUAUUGCUUUUUGUGCUCCGGACAUCGAUUAUCUGCAGAUACAUUAUAAAACGUUCUCUGAAGAUGGUAAUUCCUCAGUGCAGGAGCAAUAUAGUGAGGAGAGAGCCUCAUUCUGGCCCACGCUAAUUUUUUCAGUGUGUUAAAUUUUGUUGAAAAAAUAAUAUUUGCAGGCCAUCUAAUAAUUUGUUCAUGUUAUCAUUUAUUUGAACUCACAUUUCACGAUCUGUCAUUGGUGGACAACUUUUGAGGCUUUAAAAUAGAAAUGUUUUUUUCAUGUUUUAGGUCAAUUUCUAAGCAUUACUGAAAGAAGAGCCGUUUGAGCCAAAUUAACGGCUCUUUUAGGUGAACGGAGCCAAAUGAUCCAGCUCACAGAAAAGACUCGGAAUGCCCAUCACUAGUAGCCAGUUGAUGCGAUAACUGUCUUGUGGGUUGACAGAGAUACUUUUCCCAAAACUUUCCCAAGUAAAUGUUAACUGCAAAGUAGUCUUACCUGGCAGAAGUACACUACCGUUCAAACGUUUGGGGUCACUUAGAAAUGUCCUUGUUUUCAAAAGAAAAGCAAUUUUUUUGACCAUUAAAAUAACAUCAAAUUGAUCAGAAAUACAGUGUAGACAUUGUUAAUGUUGUAAAUGGCUAUUGUAGCUGGAAACGGCUGGUUUUUGGGGAAUAUCUACAUAGGCGUACAGAGGCCCAUUUAUCAGAAACCAUCAGUCCUGUGUUCCAAUGGCAAGUUGUGUUUGCUAAUUCAAGUUUAUUAUUUUAAACGGCUAAUUGAUCAUUAGAAAACCCUUUUGCAAUUAUGUUAGCACAGCUGAAAACUGUUGUGCUGAUUUAAUGAAGCAAUAAAACUGGCCUUCUUGAGACUAGUUGAGUAUCUGGAGCAUCAGCAAUUGUGGGUUCGAUUACAGGCUCAAAAUGGCCAGAAACAAAUAACUUUCUUCUGAAAUUCGUCAGUCUAUUCUUGUUCUGAGAAAUGAAGGCUAUUCCAUGCGAGAAAUUACCAAGAAACUGAAGAUCUCGUACAACGCUGUCCCUUCACAGAACAGCGCAAACUGGCUCUAACCAGAAUAGAAAGAGGAGUGGGAGGCCCCGGUGCACAACUGAGCAAGAUGACAAAUACAUUAGUGUCUAGUUUGAGAAACAGACGCCUCACAGGUCCUCAACUGGCAGCUUCAUUAAAACACCAGUCUCUACGUCAACAGUGAAGAGGCGACUCCGGGAUGCUGACCUUCUAGGCAGAGUUGCAAAGAAAAAGCCAUAUCUCAGACUGGCCAAUAAAAAGAAAAGAUUAAGAUGGGCAAAAGAAUACAGACACUGGACAGAGGAAGAUUGGAAAAAAGUGUUAUGGACAGACAAAUCGAAGUUUGAGAGACGCAGACCAAAUGAAAAGAUGCUGGAGGAGUGCUUGAUGCCAUCUGUCAAGCAUGGUGGAGGCAAUGUGAUGGUCUGGGGGUGCUUUGGUGGUGGUAAAGUGCGAGAUUUGUACAGGGUAAAAGGGAUCUUGAAGAAGGAAGGUUAUCACUCCAUUUUGCAACGCCAUGCCAUACCCUGUGGACUGUGCUUGAUUGGAGCCAAUUUCCUCCUACAACAGGACAAUGACCCAAAGCACAGCUCUAAACUAUGCAAUAACUUUUUAGGAAAUAAGUAGUCAGCUGGUAUUCUGUCUAUAAUGGAGUGGCCAGCACAGUCACCGGAUCUCAACCCUAUUGAGCUGUUGUGGGAGCAGCUUGACCGUAUGGUACGUAAGAAGUGCCCAUCAAGCCAAUCCAACUUGUAGGAGGUGCUUCAGGAAGCAUAGGAUGAAAUCUCUUCAGAUUACCUCAACAAAUUGACAACUAGAAUGCCAAAGGCCUGCAAGGCUGUAAUUGCUGCAAAUGGAGGAUUCUUUGACGAAAGCAAAGUUUGAAGGACACAAUUAUUAUUUCAAUUAAAAAUCAUUAUUUCUAACCUUGUCAAUGACUACAUUUCCUAUUAAUUUUGCUAUAUUUCCUAUUCAAACUCAUUUCAUGUAUGUUUUCAUGGAAAACAAGGACAUUUCUAAGUGACCCCAAACUUUUGAACGGUAGUGUAUAUUAUGAGUAAGUAUAUCAUUUGUGUGUAUUUGUUAUUUGCUAACUUUGCCAUGAAAUGAGCAGCAGCGGUACAGAACCAUCGCUAGACCAGUACAUUAGAAGGCACACUGGAGGGGGCAGUACAGAACCAUCGCUAGACCAGUACAUUAGAAGGCACACUGGAGGGGAAUUACACUCAAACAUCUAAUGUUAGUGUUCUUCCAGACCAAAACAUAUUGUCUUCUGAUGGGAUUUAAGCAUUGACAUUGACUCAGAACAUCCAAUUGUGUUGUUUCUCUAUGAACAAUUGUAUUUUUUAAAAGUGAAAACCCCCCAAAAUAGAAAACCAGGAAAAUAGAGAACAGAAUAUGGGAGAAAAAAUAUCAAACAUUUUAUAGGGCUCCCCUUAGAAUUAUUUUACCAGGUAUAUUGACAUAGUGCACUGCUUUCUCUUGUACACUAAGGAUCUGGGGAAGAGUUGCAGGGGAGAGGAAAAGAGAAGAAUGUGCCUAUUUGAAAGCUAGAAAAUGUAUACCUUUUAAAAAGUAGCUCUCAUGCUAGAAAAGGUUGGAGACCCCUGCUCUAGAGCCUAGGCCAUCGUGUCUUCCAUUUUAUAAUGUGACAAUACCACCCUUUCUUUAAAUGAGGGUGUAUGUUGGGUUGUGCCACAGACUGCUCCAAACCAUCAUAAGUGCAACUUCAGUUUUACUUUUCACAUGAUUUAUCUCAGUGACUUUACAAGAUAAUGGUUGAUAAAAUAAGAAGUAGAAUAAACAAAACAGUCAAGAGAUCACAUUGAUUCCUCUUUUCUGAAUGAAAGUGUUAGAUAAUGAGGUCCUCUUCCUCUUUUUAAAGAAAACAACUUAUAGGGAUAGUUCACCCAAAUUACAAAAUGACAUAUUAGUUUCCUUACCCUGUAAGCAGUCUAUGGACAAGGUAUCACAGCAGUCCAUGCUUUGGUUUUGUUUACCUGGCCACUGUUUCAAAUGCUUACUUUUGAGCAUUUAUGGCACAAAUCCAAUGCCAAAGUCAAUGGUACCUAUAUUAGCAUUUUUGCACUUCAUAUCCAAAUCAUCCUAAAGUAUGUACAAGUUGAUUGUGUAACUCAAUUAAGUUACUUAUAGAUGAUUUGGAUAUGAAGUGCAAAGAUGCUAAUGACUUGCUGACUUGCAUUGGAUCUGUGCCAUAAAUGCUAAAAAUGUAGCGUUUGAAACAAUGGCCAGGUAAACAAAACCAAAGCAUAGAUUGCUGUCAUACCUUGUCCAUAGACUGCUUACAGGGUAAGGAAACCAACAUGUCAUUUUGUAAUUUGGGAGAAGUAUCCCUUUAAGGCCCUAUCCCAUGUGCAAUUUGUGUUACAUGUCAAUGCUCAGGUUGUGCUGCUGUUCACUUUAUAGUCUCAAUAGAAAAGUACUUGACGUUUCAAACGUCAGUGUUUAUGGAAAUGUUGUGGUCACUCUGUAGAAUGUAUUAUUCUCUUCUCUCCACAGCAAAGCAGAGAUUGACAACUUCUUUGAGACUAACAGUGUGGAACACCUGGCCUUGAUCUUUGAGACCUCUAACUCAUAUGUGGGCAGAGAGGUAAGAAUUAAUUAUCAAGCUACAAGCUCCUCAGAGGGAAAUGGAGGAGAAAACAUCCUGGGGUGAUCAACUAGAAAAUGUUUUUCAUGAACAUGUUUACUAUGUAUAGAGCUCCACAGUGGAGGUGUCAUAAUACCCAUAAAGCUUAGCGGUCAAACAGGAAAAUGGUUCCAAUCGUUUUUCCACCAUUCAUUUUUCCCAUAGGGGAUUUUAGAAACACUUAAAAUAAGGGCAGUGUUUGGUAACACUUUACUUGACACCCAGCGUCAUAACACAUUAUGACAUGGUCAUAAUGUGUCGUAACAGCUGACAUAACUUGUCAUAACCUGUUAAAAUGUGAUCAUAACACUGUCAAGACAUACAUUUAGACCUGUUGUGACAUAUAUUGCAUUAUUUUAUGGCUGGUUAUGACACCUACAUAAGAAUGUCAAAGCUCACAAAACCUACCAUGGUAGUUAUUUUAUGGCUGGUUAUGAUGCCUACAUAAGUGUAAAAACCCACAAAACCUACCACACAAGGCAAAACAUUCCAUUACACCAUAGCAUACGUGUCAACAGUAUGUUUAUGUUAUAUCAUUUUUAAAUUACAUUUAUUGACCAUGUUAUCAUUGUAAUUGUGCACACAUUGAUGUCAGACAUGCACCUAUCCCAAUGCUCUGUUGCUGAUGACUGGGAUGAAUACAGGAGCAGAUUUCAGGAGCAGGACAAGACACCCUCUUUUUGACUGAUGACUGAGAUAAGGGCAUGAUAGCCCUAUCUGGCUUAUAUGGUGGUCAUAAUGCUUCAUGAUAGUGUCAAAGUGUAUUUUCUACAAAUUAUAAAAAAUAUGAUGAAAAAAACAUGACUGUAAAGGAUGUAAGAAACUUUCAAACGAAAGGAAACUUCUUGAAUUUGAUUAAAUGUUGUUUUUGAUACAUAUGUAGGUGUCAUAACCAGCCAUAAAAUAACACAAUAUAUAUCUCAACAGGUGUAAAUAUAUGGGUCAUGACAGUGUUAUGACCAUGUUAUGUCAGCUGUUAUGACAUGUUUAUGACUGUUGCAUGACAUGUUAUGACACUGGGUGUCAAGUUAAGCGUUACCCUGUGUUUCGUUUAGGCUUACCCUGGUGUGACGUUUUGAUAAAUCUCUCUUGUACAAGGUGACUUUUUUAUCAAUAUAUUCGGCUCAAUUUACUCUCAGAUUCGAAAAUACUAAAGAAACAUCAUGCAAAACUGCAAAUCUUUCCAAAUCAAAUUUUAUUGGUCACAUACACGUGUUUAGCAGGUGUUAUUACGCGUGUAGUGAAUUGCUUGUAGUGCAUGCUCGUUGCAAGCUCCUGCACGUCAUCUCUAGCUGACACCUUUGCUAACUGGUAUUGUGUCAAUUUAAAACUUGCACAAGACAGUUCACAGAAUUGUCAAUUUUAAAGAAAUGUAGCCAAUUUAUUCAUUACUACAUUUAGCUAACAUUAAAUAGUUAAUAUAGAGAUUCUUACCUUUGCCUCGAUUCGGCAUGUCUAGUUCUUUAUGGUAGCCACAUUAGCAGCUAAUUAGCAUUUUAUUUUUGUGGGGUAAAUACAGGAAAAUAUAUUGAUAAGUCACCUUGUCCUAGAGAGAUUUACACGGUUAUCAAAACGUCACGCCAGGGUAAGCCUACACAAAACACAGCCCUUAUUUUUCUAAAAUCCCCUAUGGGAAAAAUGAAUGGUGGAAAAACAAUUGGAACCAUUUCCCUGUUUGACCGCUAGGUUUUAUGGGUAUUAUGACUCAUGCUGUGGUACUCUAUAGUAUGCAAACAAUAUGUUGACUGUGUCAACAAGAGUGUGUCACUAUGUCAACAGUGUACUUGCAUGUUUAGUACAACCAGUUUUAAACAACAGACAGACAGUGGGUCAUUACUGUGUUGGUUUGUCUUCGUCAACAGGUGACUCUGGACCUACUGCAGUAUGAGAACAUAGCCGUGCGGAGGGUCCUGAGCACUGAGGACGCCCUGGUGGCUAAACUGGGUGUGACUGACUUCCCAUCCUGCUACCUGUACUAUCCUAGUGGGAACGUCACCAGGCUCCAUGUGUGAGUGGCUGCUCUAAUACCAUCACAAUAUGUGACAGAACUGCAGAUCACUUUAGCUAUCCUCAGUCUGGAUCCUAAUGUAUCUACUCAUCAAGAGUUUUUCUUCUUCAAUUUUCAUGGUUCAAUAAGCAACAAUCUUGUUGUGAAAGGCUUUAUUUCGUUGUGUUAUCCACAGCUAUGAUAGGAUGCCUUUUAACAUCUGGCCUCUUAAUGGGAUCAUGGAAUUAAAAUACAAGUCAUUAUUCAAUAUCAUAGUACUUUGUAUGAUGAUUGCUCACCCCAUUAAUUAAUCUGCUGUUUCUUUCGCGUUGUUUUGCUUAUUUCAGUAACUUGGCAUGCAAGAGAAGUCUUUUUAGUUGACAAAUGCAAAAAAGAAAUUAUUUAUUGCUCAUUUAUUUAUUCCCCCCUCCUCUUCCCGAGCAUAAAGAGGGGUUUUUCAUUUCUUGCAUGAAAACAAUGGCGUUCAUUUCCUGCGGUUCACCUGCCAAGCCACCCCAGCCUCGCCUUCGCGACAGAUGGUCGCCCAUCACAGCUGAAUUGAUCCAGGAGGGGUGGGGAAAUGCAGUUGCACAUCCGUCAUGCGUGUGCCUCUCCCAGGUGAACGCAGCCCCUCCUCUCUUCAACGCGUGCCUCUGUGCUCUGGGGAACCCACUCUGUGCUCUGGGGUGGGCCGGGCGAGCUCAGGCCUGGAGCAGCAUCCUCCUCCUGCUCUCAUGUGCUCCUGGGAGGGAGGGUGGGUUUGGCUGGCUGGUGGGGACAGUGGGAGGGGUAGCAGUGUUUUUGUUCCAUUGCCAGGGUUAGUGGAGAGGGAAAUGAUCAGCUAUGGUAUCUCAGCACCAUCUGUUCAGCAGAGGAGAGAGGAGGCCAUGAGGGCUUAGUGAGGGGACCAGGGGCCCACCUGUGGCUCCAGUUCCACACUCUACUGUGGUCUGAUGAGGGCAGGCCCUGGCAGAGGCAACCACUUGUAUCCUAUUCCUAGACAGAGAAGCUAAAAAAGCUUAUUCUUCCACUGUAGCUAGAAUAUACUGUGAGGUCUGUGUUUGUAUUCUAGUGGGAAGGAUUUUUCACCUGUUUCCAUGGUUAAAAUCCUCCUGUGGAUGGCUGCCAGUUCAAUGGAAAUUCAUCAGUCCUACUGCGAAACUGUCUGCUUGUCUUCCAGACAAAAUGAGGCCCGGACCUUCUACACCUACGCCCUGCAGAGGCUUCCUGGGGUACUGCGGGCUGGAAAGCCACCACCAGUGACCUCUGACCUUGUGAAAAACACAACAGAGGACCAAUGGAGACCGUUCAACAGGUAAACCAUUUUAGCUCGACAAAGCAGUAAUAGUGUAACCCAAAAAAGUUGGGGGGGUUAUAAGCCUUAACAAUGUAACCCCAGUGAUUCCAUGACAAAAAAUGUGAAUUCUGUGUGUUAGGUCUCGUGUGUAUAUGGCAGACCUGGAGUCUACUCUGCAUUACUCUCUGCGCGUGGAGCUGGCAGCUCACCCUGUCAUCAAAGGAGAGGCUCUGAGCGCUCUACAGCGUUACAUCUCAGUACUGGCCAAGGUGAUUGGGCAGGUCUACUCACCCCCUGAGACAAACCCUACCCAUACUGAACAACACUAACCUCACAUACAGUACAUUCAUCCUCUGUUCAUAUCGAACACCCUGAGGAAAGGGCUGUGUAGUUAGGGUGACACACCACUAGAGGGAGAGUGAGACAGUGCUUUGGAGUUGUAGGAUAUCAGUUGGGAAAGCACCUUUUUCUGCAUGAUUUAGCUGGACAGUUUGUUCUAAAAUGUAACUUCGCUUUGAAAAAUAUAGCUGAAAUAUGGUCCCUAUAAUGCGUCAUAAUAAUUAACAAUUGCUCUCUUAGUACUUAGAAAUAUAUACAAUAUUCAUAAUGGUAUAACUAUGUAAUAAUGACAAUGUUACAUAUUUAUUUCAGAAGAAGACAUUCACAAUUAUUUGGGCACAGUAUCACAGUAGGAAUGACACCCUCAAUGUCAAGCCCAAAAUUGGAGGCCAUUGACUUGACAGGACACAAAAGGCUCUCUUGGGUAUCAUUGAAAUACUUAAUUUGCUUCCCUGGUGAAUAGAAGCGUGCCCAUACCCCCCUCUUUUUUUGUAUGCAGACAUACCGUGAUUAGGAUUUCCUAGGACUGGGUCCCCUCCUCUCCUCCCUUCCCAGCGCUUAGCCUACCCAGAAGUGUGCCAGGGAUUCUUUUGAUUAGGCCCAAGACGAUGGUAUGUCACAACAAACUAAGAUCCUUAACUUCCAGACUGUAAUUGGAUCAUCCUGAGAAUGAGUUACUGUGUACAGAACCUACAGCUGGUGUCACACUGAUGAAUCUGUGGUGUGCUGUGCAGUGCUGCACCCACAUCACAGUGCAUCUCCGUUCCAGACAGGACGUAAACAAGUUAUAUUUUCCUACGCCACAAUAUUACUAGAUUUACUGUCUUGUCAACCAGAAUCCGGAUUUAUGAAUCCUUAUAUGUAUAUGAGGAUUUUAAAAAGUGGAUCUGGGAAGCAUGAGCGCAUUACAAAGAGGUUUUAGGAUUACCGUUUCUACCCUGCUUUCUUGAAAGAAGCCUCCAGCAGCGAUGGCGGGAGGGCCAGGGAAUUAGGGGAACUUGAGCCCAAAUCCAGCUGUCCUCCAUCUCUCUCCUGUGGCGCGUGCCUCAGUGUGCCCAUGCUAAGGUUAGCAGUUAGCGGAGGUGCAUGGUGGUGGAAUGUGGCUGUGGCAGCUGCUUGACAUCAGUGAUACUGUAUAGGUAGCCCACCAACCUCUGGACUCCACAGUAGAACAAAGGUUGUUUGUUUGUCAGGCUUUGGCUGGGCUGUGGGCAUGACAGAUAGGUCCACUCGGCUGCUGCCUGCUUCCACAGUGGGAGCAGUUAGGCAGAUUUUACUCAGUGGCAUGUAUAUUGGUCCCUGAGGUCGAAUGAGGCAGGAUUAAAAAGGGCUUCCCCGGGCCAGGCCGACAGAUGCAUUCUCUUUUGAACGUCUCUGAGGAGACUGCGGUUUCUCAAGUGCUGAUACUAAUCGGAUUUAAGAUGACAUAUUGCUGUGGUGAAGUGGAUUGUCAUGGUCCUCCGAGAGGCUGGGGAGAGGGGGCAGAGUGGUUACGGUGGGGGCUCUGAUAGUGGUUGGAGGUACACUAACAGAGAAGAGGUCACUUAGAGAGAUCCUUCAUAAUGGGGAUACAGUAUGCUGUAGCAUUGGUUCAUCACAGUUGAUAUGUUCAUGAAACUUUUGCCCAUCAGUGACCUCUGCCAAUACUUCAGACAAUGUACUAUUGAUUUCCAAGCAAAAUAUGUUUGCCUUUGCUUAUGAUUUGGGAAAUAGACACACAAGUGGAAAGCAGAACAUGCUAAACGUUUGGCUCUAGUGAGCAAAGCCCAUUAGUAUCUCCGUCCCCAAUUUCAUCCCUCUUUGAUUCAAAUGUGUGUUAAUGAGCUUUUCGGCCUGGUUAAUGCCCAGUAGUCCCCAGACCUGGGCAUCUGGGCCGGCUGGUCGCUAAACCAAUUGUCCUCCUCAGCAGCAGCAGCCAGGGACCUCUUUUGUAUCUUGUUAAAACCCCACCUGUAGUACAUGAUUGGGUAUCUGUGAAUACCCAAACACCAUAUUUUUGGCUGAAUGUCUAAGAUUAAGGGAGCAAAUCAAAGCCUGUGUGGGGUGCAGGGGUUAAGUAAAUCUCCAGGAGCCUUUUUAAGUGGGCUUGGUGUAAUGGAGAUCCAGUUAGAGAGUUAUGAAUAGAAGCCUGUGACAGGCACCCAAACUCUGCUGAACAGAUGGCCAGGGCAAAUUGAAAAGACUCCGCAGCACAAAUAAAAAAAGGUGCACUUCUGGGAUGCUGGCACCCCAGCCGUGCUGGGCCGGGCCCCUGCCUCUGUGUCUCACUGAUGGGUUUGUGCCCCUGUGCCGCCCAAGGAAGCAAAAGGUCAGCUCUGGCCCACUUUCAGGUCCACCAUAUUCACACUGCUGGAUGUUACUACACUGACUGUUUCUUUCCUCGUGUGCUUAUGCGGGUGUGGGCAUGUGUGCAUGUGCAUGUAAUUUCAUUGUUAUCUACAUUCUCCUCAUAAGUAGUCACUUUUUCAUGACUCAAUGCCAGAAAAUGCUAAUGAACUUAAAUGGUCCUUCGUGACUGAGACAUCUUACCUCUGUUUUGAAUGGGAGGAGAUUGCCAUGACAGCCUACUGUUUAUUUGGUUGUCUCUCAGCCAUUAGGGUGAAAUCCAGGCCGACCUGUAGGAUCUAGUCUUUACAGUAUAAUAGUGUGUCCUCCAGGGUGGCCGUUUUAGGAGUUCUUUAAGGAUAGGAAGUGACUUUACACCUCCAUUCAGCUGACAGCUCUUCUGUCACCACCGUCUGAAACACAAGGCACUGGGAUUUCCUCCCUGCCUUCCAUAGUGGCCCACUGUUGGUUGUAGUGUCAUUCCGACACACGCCAUGUUGUCUUGACAACUACAGAGGUUAGAGAACAGAAACAAACAGUAUGAGAGAGAAUACUGAAAAAUCCUCCAGUGACUUAUUACACGUUAAGAACUGCAAAAGCAGUUUUAGGUUAAACUUCUACCCUCAGACAGAUGGCAAAAAGGAUGGAUUUCAAACUCCUAGUGAUAACCUAUUACCAUACAGUUAAAUAAUAAUAAUAAUAUGCCAUUUAGCAGACGCUUUUAUCCAAAGCGACUUACAGUCAUGCAUGCAUACAUUUUUGUGUAUGGGUGGUCCCGGGGCUCGAACCCACUACCUUGGCGUUUCAAGCGCCGUGCUCUACCAGUUGAGCUACAGAGGACCACAGUUAAAAAGAUGCUGUUAAAGAGUCUAUUGUAUAAAAUGUGAAGAGAGUUAAUGAUGAUGUUUAACUGUAAUGUUGUCUUGGGCAGUACUUCCCUGGUCGACCUGUGGUGAGGAACCUGCUGACGUCAGUGGACACGUGGCUGAAGGAUCAGAACGACACAGAGCUCUCUUACAGCUCCCUGAGGGACGCCCUGGACAACACAGCAGAGGUGAGGGGUCAACCCAAAGCCACGAGCCAAUCAGACAAGCCUGAGGCAGAACCACCCACCAUAUUGAGCCAGAGUUUAUAAAUAAUUACUGAAAUAUUACAGGCAUACUGCACACAAGGAAGUAGGUUUAUGUAAUGCUGUAUAUUCAGAUAUAUCUCAAUAUGAAUCUUUGCUCACAGCCUUGUGCCAGCAUGUGUAUAACUGGAAAAUGUAUGUGAAGUUGUCUUUGGAUGAAAGCUUGCAUGCCUAUAGGUUUACAAAUUGGACCAGUCACUUAGUGGCAUCAUUAGCUUUUAGCAGCCGAAUCAAUGAAUCAAUGAGGAGGUAUGAACCAGCUCCCCUAAGGAAAUGGACUGCUGUCGAACAGUAUACACACACACCAAAUCUUUACUAUUGACUUCGGAGUAAUUCUGUCAAUCAUAGACUCUGCCAUUCUGGCCAGUGACAGGGAGGAAACAACUACAUUCAGAAGAAAUAUGCUGUUGGAUCAAACCAUGUUUCACCAGUGUUUCCUCCUUCUGACCUGAAUGCACUCUCUCCACUAUGUUGAGGCAUUUCCAUUACCUGGAAUUGACAUGAUAUUCAAUGAGAAUAGUAUGGCACAGAAUGCUCUACCACUUAACAUGAAAUGUUGCAGUAAAGUAGCUUGUAGAUGUAUUUUCCUCCAUGUACAUGCUAAUGUUGUUGUUUACAUGAAUGUAAACCAACCUCUAUUAAGAAUCCUCAGAUGAAGCUGUUUUCCAUGUAACCUGCUCUGUGAGGAGAGUGAUCAAUGUGGCCAUAUCUUGACCAGUGUUUAAGUGUCAAUAAUGUGUGUGAUCAGGUCCCCGAUGCUGCUCUGCCUGAUGGGGUGAGGUGGGUGGGCUGCCAGGGCUCCAAGCCCCACUUCAGAAGGUACCCCUGUGGCAUGUGGACCCUUUUCCAUGUCCUCACGGUACAGGCCAAUGAAGCUUCUGGCAAAGGUAGAAAAAACUCAAUAAACAACAGCUGUCUACGUCUUUAUGAUAACACUAUCACUAAACGUUGGUUAAUUCAAUAGGAAUAUUCCUGGGACAAUGGUAAUAAGUGAGAAAGUGUUGUAAGAUUCUAAAACAAGCCCUCCUGCCAUGUUAGCCUGUUUCUGUGGCCUGUAGAGCCCAUCGUCUGGUAGGAAAUUGGCCAAAAGUCAGCAGCCAUCCAGUCUUGGGAGUGAGCGUGCCCAGGUGAUGAACCAUGACAGAAGUGUUUGCAGUCUGUUAGAACUCCUAUGGCUCUCUGGGGACAAAUCCUUGUAGUGCAUUGAGCCAGUCAGAAGAGUGUGCAGCAUUACCACAGGGGCUGCUGCUUUCAAUACAGGGAUAUAGAGCAGGGGGAUGGCAGCAGGGAGGGGGAGGACCGACUGGGGACAAGCGCUUUGUUGGGCUUUGUAAACAAAUUAGCCUGGAAUGUUUAGUGGAAUGUUUUGCAUUCACCUGAUGUGACCGCACACACUUGCACAACAUUUAGACACACGCACUCAAACACAAGUACGUUCACUGUUAAAUUCCAUUAGUAGCCUAUACAAAGCAGUGUUAUUUUUGGGGUUUUGUUAUUAGUUUUGUUUUCUUGACACACCACCAGCUGAAACUAAUUGUGGGUGGGUAAAAAGGGAUUUCUUUAGAUUAGUGGUUAAUAAAAGAGGCAGCUGACCAGCACUCCUCUACUGGAGGGGUUAAUCCCAGGGCUUAUGGGAUGGGGAGGGGGGUUCACAACCUGCAGAUGGGCCACCAGGGGACCAGGGGUGUCCAUCUGGCACCCCGCGGAUGGACCUCUGGAUUAGAUCUCCACCACGGCUCAUCUGCGAGAAAAAUAAGGCUUUACUGUAGCAGGGCAUUAAACACAAUAAAACCUGCAGCAAAAAUAUCUGCACUGGUACGGUGCUGUUACUGACAUUGACAUCUGCAGACCUGAUUGUUCUCACAGCACAUUGACUAAAUACUGUUAUUCAUGUUACGUACACAUCACAGCACCGUAAGAAUGCCCAGGAAACUCAGUUUGCAUGCCCUUAUUGCCCUGUUAUUAACAACUAAAGGUUUAAAACUGGAAAAGCCCUCACUCCAUUGUCAAUUUUUUUUUUUACCUUUAAGCCUAAACCUUUAACAAUUGGCAACAGAAUUUAAGGGGCAGUUGCAUCUUUUUAGUGUGCGAAGCCCAUAUGGCCAUAGCCUAUCCUAAAUGUAUAUAAAAACACAUUUUCGAAUGUACAAUAUUAGACUACUUUUCAAUAGUACACAUCACGCUGAAGUGCAUAACAAGUGUGUUUAAUCUUGUUGAGGACUUCCUCCUCCUGUGCGUUCUUCUCCCAGACCCCCAGGAGGUGCUACAGGCGAUGAGGUCCUACAUCCACAGUUUCUUUGGCUGUCAGGCAUGUGCCACCCACUUUGAGAACAUGGCCAAGGAGAGCAUGUCCCUUGUGGGGAAACUGUCCACCGCCAUGCUGUGGCUAUGGUCCCGCCAUAACCACGUCAACAAUAGACUGGCAGGUAAGGACACAUGACAAAUGUUACUGUUACUUCCAUAGAGGAUGAUUGAUCGGCUGUCUAUAAGACUGAACCUCCAACACAUAAAUCAUAAUAUGCUAAUUACAGUGGGGGAAAAAAGUAUUUAGUCAGCCACCAAUUGUGCAAGUUCUCCCACUUAAAAAGAUGAGAGAGGCCUGUAAUUUUCAUCAUAGGUACACGUCAACUAUGACAGACAAAUUGAGGGAAGAAAAUCCAGAAAAUCACAUUGUAGGAUUUUUAAUGAAUUUAUUUGCAAAUUAUGGUGGAAAAUAAGUAUUUGGUCACCUACAAACAAGCAAGAUUUCUGGCUCUCACAGACCUGUAACUUCUUCUUUAAGAGGCUCCUCUGUCCUCCACUCGUUACCUGUAUUAAUGGCACCUGUUUGAACUUGUUAUCAGUAUAAAAGACACCUGUCCACAACCUCAAACAGUCACACUCCAAACUCUACUAUGGCCAAGACCAAAGAGCUGUCAAAGGACACCAGAAACAAAAUUGUAGACCUGCACCAGGCUGGGAAGACUGAAUCUGCAAUGGGUAAGCAGCUUGGUUUGAAGAAAUCAACUGUGGGAGCAAUUAUUAGGAAAUGGAAGACAUACAAGACCACUGAUAAUCUCCCUCGAUCUGGGGCUCCACGCAAGAUCUCACCCCGUGGGGUCAAAAUGAUCACAAGAACGGUGAGCAAAAAUCUCAGAACCACACGGGGGGACCUAGUGAAUGACCUGCAGAGAGCUGGGACCAAAGUAACAAAGCCUACCAUCAGUAACACACUACGCCGCCAGGGACUCAAAUCCUGCAGUGCGAGACGUGUCCCCCUGCUUAAGCCAGUACAUGUCCAGGCCCGUCUGAAGUUUGCUAGAGUGCAUUUGGAUGAUCCAGAAGAGGAUUGGGAGAAUGUCAUAUGGUCAGAUGAAACCAAAAUAUAACUUUUUGAUAAAAACUCAACUCGUCGUGUUUGGAGGACAAAGAAUGCUGAGUUGCAUCCAAAGAACACCAUACCUACUGUGAAGCAUGGGGGUGGAAACAUCAUGCUUUGGGGCUGUUUUUCUGCAAAGGGACCAGGACGACUGAUCCGUGUAAAGGAAAGAAUGAAUGGGGCCAUGUAUCGUGAGAUUUUGAGUGAAAACCUCCUUCCAUCAGCAAGGGCAUUGAAGAUGAAACGUGGCUGGGUCUUUCAGCAUGACAAUGAUCCCAAACACACCGCCCGGGCAACGAAGGAGUGGCUUCGUAAGAAGCAUUUCAAGGUCCUGGAGUGGCCUAGCCAGUCUCCAGAUCUCAACCCCAUAGAAAAUCUUUGGAGGGAGUUGAAAGUCUGUGUUGCCCAGCGACAGCCCCAAAACAUCACUGCUCUAGAGGAGAUCUGCAUGGAGGAAUGGGCCAAAAUACCAGCAACAGUAUGUGAAAACCUUGUGAAGACUUACAGAAAACGUUUGACCUGUGUCAUUGCCAACAAAGGGGAUAUAACAAAGUAUUGAGAAACUUUUGUUAUUGACCAAAUACUUAUUUUCCACCAUAAUUUGCAAAUAAAUUCAUUAAAAAUCCUACAAUGUGAUUUUCUGGAUUGUAUUUUCUCAUUUUGUCUGUCAUAGUUGACGUGUACCUAUGAUGAAAAUUACAGGCCUCUCUCAUAUUUUUAAGUGGGAGAACUUGCACAAUUGGUGGCUGACUAAAUACUUUUUUUCCCCACUGUAUAUCAGUAUAGAAUAUGAAUAUAAUAUUACUAUAGAGAAUAUGAAAUAUUUAGAAGAAAAUAGAAAUGUCUCCUACAGUGGUCACCAUUGUCCAUACAGAAGAUAAAUGUGGCCCUCACAGGCCACUACUUCUCCCUCUCCCACUUUCCCCGCUAGAGGAUAUCUUUCAGCCUCUCACUCCUUUACACAGGUCUCAUAAGGACCACUCCUUACUUUUUGGGUGGAUUUCCUCCCCCAAGUGUCCCAACCCUGCUCCUCGCCCCUAAAUCCCUAUAAUACGCCCGGGGAUCCUCUGGGUAGACACCAGCUGUCCCUCCUCGCUUCUCUCCCAUCUCUUCCUCCUCUCAGAUAUUAGCCCUCUUUCCAGGAGACUGCGAUUCCCUGCCCCAGCCUGUCUAUAGCUCACUACAGGUCAGCAGUAAAUACUCAAUCUGUGUGCUAAAGACUGCAAAACAGCAAAGACUGCAGCCUUGUUUAUUCAAUUUUGGCAAUUAUUUGUUUCUAUCCUUUGGCAGUGUUUUAAUGUCAUAAAUGUUUUAUCCAGUCAUAUUUUGUGAAGAUGGUCAAGCCCGUCUGUGGUACUUAACGUUUUGACGUCUGUGUCAUUUUAAUGAGGGCUAUAUGGCUGCUGCGUUGGCUUCCCUCUGUUAGGGCCAUCAUUUGAGUUUAUUAGGCACAAACCUGUCAUUAUCAACUCACUUUGUUAAAUCACAUUGUUCUCUUUUCUCUAUGGUGGUGGUGGCUCCCCCAUCCUCAAUCUCCUGGACAGCCUGUGUCCUGAAUAACAGGGUGCGUCCCCUUCUGGGCCUGUCCCUGGUCCCCAGACACUCCUCCCUAUUAGGACUGACGGUCUGUCCCUCCCCAGAGAGUCAUAUCCUCCGCUUGACAACUGAUAUGGCAACAAUCUCCCAGAACAGGGACCACCAACCCAGGAGGAGCCCAGAGGCCCCGCCUCAAUUCCCAAGAUGCUUGUGACAGCAGGUGGCACACGCCAUGUCACCGGCAUCACGCCGCCCUCUGUUGUGUAAUCCCUCACCAGGGUGGUUCAUGGUUUGGGGGCCAGGACCUCAGGGGGUGGGGUGGGCUGGGCUGUGGGUGGGAGAGGAGGGGGCAGGAGUAUUGGUAGCAAUGCGUAGCAGUAUAUCCUCUGUCGGCCCACCCCCUCACAGACCCCUCACGCCUCUGCUUCUCAUCCCAGUCUUCCCCAGGGGGAACAUCCUCUCCUCCUGCCCUCCUCCCUCUCUUCCUCCUCCCUAAAGUGGGGCUCUUUAGCAGCUCCCUCCACUGUCCUUUCAGAGGCAGCCAUGCAUGAAGUAGGCCCAAUUUGUAAAGCAGCAACACAAUUAAUUUAGCUGGCACAAAGGGUCCCCGAGCCAAGCCCGGCGCAACAGCAGACCUGUCCUCUUGCCAACAGGGUGAGAUAGACUCAUGUCUACAGACGGCAGAGCCACGGGCCUGCCAGGGCUCAGUGAGGAGGGGACGGGAGAUGCUGUGGAGGAUCUCAUAGUAGUGCUGCUGGAGACUGGAGCAGCUCAUACUGUACUAUAGGGUGGCAGGUAGCCUAGCGGUUAAGAGCAUUGGGCCGGUAACCGAAAGGUUGCUGGUUUGAAUCCCGGAGCCGACUAGGUGAAAAAUCAAGGGACUUGUAAGUAAGUCCUGUAAGUUGCUCUGGAUAAGAGUGUGUGUUAAAUGACUAAAAUGUAAAUGUAUGCUUCAGAGCAUCACUAUGCUAAUCUACCAGUCCGUCUAUACUGUCACUACUCCUUUGUCCUGUAGUGUAGAUCUCUUCAUUCACAAUUAGUGCCGAAGAAUCUAGUUUAAACAAUAUUUAUUUAUACUCUAUGAAUAUUUAUGCGGUGCUAUGAAUGACAUUUCCUGACAAGCCUUUGUUACAAUAUCAGUAUCGGUACUACUGUUAGUCACCUCUGAAAAUGAAAGGCAAGGUGAUGAGAAUAGAGACAUCAGAGGCAUGUUGUCAUAAGGGGACGGGAUAUGAAAGCUGUCACGCUGGUAAAAUUUAUAAAAGGCCCCAAUCCCAGCAGGACACGGUAAAAUUGAUGUAUCUCUUAUGUAAAGUGCUGUAUGCAGAGUACAUGCACACAUGCAUAUGACUGAGAUUAAUCUGGCAGAGAGACUGGAGAUGUAAAGUGACAGAACUGCUGUAAAGUGACAGAACUGCUGUAAAGUGACAGAACUGCUGUAAAGUGACAGAACUGCUGCAGCUUUGACUUUCCUCCUGCAUGGUGACGCCAAGCAAUUUAUUAGCAGAUGCCUCCAUUUGGGGGGCUAAAGAAAACAUGUAAAGCAAAACAAUUGUAAUUCGUUAAAAGGAGAGCUCCCCUCUGGAGGUGCUGCUUUCAUAUUCAAUUUGGAGAUUGGGCUGUCUUCAAAAGGGUGUGGAGGUAAGGGUUUGGGGGUCUGGGAGAGGUUGGGGAGGAGGGGGAGCUGUCUGCUUGGACCACAUCUAUUAUCUCUCCUCCGGGACGUCCCAGAAGCCCAUUGAUCAUUGUUAGACCCUGUCACACUGUCACAUACUCACACACCUAGACACCACACACACACUGCACUUACUGCUUAUUAUGAGCCAUGUGGGGGGAAUGGAUCUAAUGUAUUCAAGCAGCAACAUAGAUUCUGCAUACAAAAAUAUUUAUUGGUAUCAGUUUGGUUUUAUUGUGGGCAAUGCAGUAUGUCAUCAUUAUGUCCUUCUAUGUUUUACCUAAUACAUUUCCACCAAAACAGUUUGCCCUCUCAACAUGACUGGGUUAUCUGUAUCAUUUAUAUUAUCUCAGAUGACCAUCCAAAUUGUCAUAUUCCUUCUGACCAGGUGCUCUGAGUGAGGAUCCCCACUUCCCUAAGAUCCAGUGGCCGUCCCCAGAGCUGUGUCCCAGCUGCCAUGGGGUUAAGAAGAGUGGAGAACACACCUGGAACCAGGAAGAGCUGCUCACCUUUCUCCGCUCCCACUUCUCCUCUGAACACCUCCUUUCUGACUACCUGGAGGAGGAGGCCCAGCUCAUCAGCAGGCAGAAGGAGAGCUUGGUCGCCAGGCAGCAGGAGAAGGACCAGGAGGCUAAGAGAGGAGCAGAGAGGAGGGCCAGUGAGGCCUUGGCUGAACCACCUCCAGGCCAGGAGGAGGAGGAGGAGGAGGAGGAAGAAGAGGAUGAGGAGGAAGGGGCUCAAGAAGAGCCAGCAGCAGAAGAGGAGGUAGAGCAGAGGGCAAGAGGAGAGGCGCAGGGGGGUAAAACCUCUGAACCCCCCCCCUGGGUAAAGCCUGAGGCAGACGUGUCCCGCCAGGCCCAGCGCAGGCCCAGCAUCGUGGGGUUGAAGCUCAGGCCCCCCCAGGAGGAGAUUGUGGACCUGGACUCCUUCGUCAACCAGCACUACAAGGCUAAGGCCCUCCGCGCUGCAGCCGCAGGGUCCUCCCGCGUCAAACGCAGGACCCUGCAGAGGAAGGAAGAGCCGCAGCCUGGAGCCAGUCUGGAAAAUGGGCCAGGGCUGGGGCUGGGGCUGCAGCCCGUAGAGCCGGAGGACUUGUUGGGGCAGCGCAACACUCUGUGGAAGAGGAUCCUGACGGGCCAGUAUACUGGGUCAGAGGAGGAGGGGGCUCUGGAGAUGUACGCUCAUCCUAACAAGAGGCGCUGGAUGUCCUUCCUGAGCGUGGGCUUCUCCAGACUGGAUAUCAGCCUGUGUGUGCUCCUCUACUUCCUGUCCUCCAUGUGUCUGCUGGCCAUGUAUCUCUUCUUCAAGAACCGCCUGCGGCUGCGCCGGGCCAAGGUGGCUCUGCCCUGA